CAAACCGAACAGCUGAUCGUAGGCAGUCCGAAUAGAACGAAGAUAUAGUCGUUCCUUCUUUAUUCGAACUGAACGACAUUGGACGAACGUCCGACCAAGAUUUUGACCGGUGCCCUUUGCUGUGAUGGCCUCAGCCGGCCCUAGCCAGCCAUACGACUAUACAGAGGGCGCGUCGGCCAUCGACAUUAACGAUGCCGUCGCCCGUGCACGGCGCGAUUCAUCAUACGGUGGGGACAAUGGUCAAGGCGCCAUGUUUGAUGGACCAGGACAGGAAUCUAUACCCACCAGCAUGUCGAGGAUGUCGUAUACCGAGCAUGGAAUGUCAGGGAGACGAAGAAGCAGGGAGUGGUCCAGGAGCAGCAGGAAGAGCGAGGACUCUGUAGGACGUACUAGUCGGAGAAUGAGCGCAGACGGUGAGGUUUCGCAGGCAACGGAGGCGACGAGGACCGAGAGCGAAGACGAGGCAGAAGAGGACGAUGAAGGUCCAAGCCACAGAGGGCGUAGACGCAGGGGAUCUUUAUCACCUACUCACAACCGGUCCUCGGUAUUCGAGAACAUUGCUAACUUGUUCAGCCGUGGUGUAGGGGAGCGCAGACCUUCGCUUUCGCGACGUUCAUCCGCGUCCUCGACUCGAAAAUCACGACGGAGGCCCUCAGACGCAGGGUCAGAAUAUGCCCUUGCAGGUGGAGAGGAAGUGAACGAGCGGUGGGGAUACUCGUCCGGAGAGGAAGAUGACGAGACAGAGUCCAACGCGUCAAACCCUUUCCACAGCGAAAUAGAUUAUGGUUCAUACCCACCAUCUCCAAGUGCAGGUUCACAUCUCCCCAUUUUCUCCCCUGAUCCAAUUUUCGGCGACGAGGUUCGCAUAGACAUAGACAUACCUCAAGAGCCGCUAAACCCUCCGCCCCCUGGACCGCCAAGUAGGCAAACCAUAUACGUAGCAGAAGAGGACAAUACCUUCCGUUUCGUGGGCUAUGAAGUUAUCAUUUGGCGGCAGUGGCUCUGGCGAGUGUGCUGUGUUGCUACGUUGGGUCUUGUGGGUCUCUUGGGUCACUGGUUCCCGCGUAUAUGGCUGCGGUGCGUUGUACAAGAGAAGGCUUUCAGAGAUAUCAAGCAUGGUUGCGUUGUCGUCGAGUCUGCACACAGAGACAUUACGCUGUUCCCUGUCAAACGGCUAGCAUAUCCAUACGUGCGAUCAACGGUUUUUCCCGUCUCUCCUGCAGAGGUAGAUGGACGACCACUGCUGUCGUCACGACCGAAAACAAAUGGCGAUAACGGCGAGGGACAAGAAAUACUCGGGGACCUCCAUGUCGUCGAUUAUAGAUACUCGCGCUUUGCACUUGACGUCCAGACUGGAUUAUUCGGCAUGAUAAGGGACUGGCGUGAUCCAACAUGGACGGGUCUGCAGUCCAUCCAGAAUGGGCUGUCGCAGUUUGCCAGGCAUCAACGGCUAAUCCUAUUCGGACCGAAUAUUGUCGACAUCGAGGGCAAAUCGACGAUAUCGCUCCUGGUUGAUGAGAUUAUCCACCCAUUCUACGUCUUUCAAGUGGCCAGCAUCAUCCUUUGGUCAUUGGACGACUACUAUUACUAUGCGUUCUGCAUUGCGCUGAUUUCUACGCUGAGUGUGGUGACAACCCUCAUCGAUACUAAGAAGACUAUCAAGCGCAUGCGGGAGAUGUCUCGCUUCUCCUGUGACGUCAUGAUUUAUACAGACGGUGGCUGGGUUGAGCGUGAUUCUACUGACCUCGUACCAGGAGACAUAGUAAACCUCACUGAAUUACGGGCAUCUCUUUUCCCCGCAGACAUGCUCCUUCUCUCUGGCGACGCAAUUGUGAACGAAAGUAUGCUGACUGGCGAGAGUGUGCCCGUUUCGAAGAAUCCAGCCAAUGACGAUGAUAUUGCUCGUUGGCGGGAUCUCAAGGACGCCCAGGGUGAGCUCGCCAAGAGCUUUAUGCAUGCAGGGACCAGAGUGGUUCGAAUCCGUGGUGCUCUGGCAAAUGAUGGGACCACAGGACAACCUGCCCUCGGGUUGGUCGUUAGAACAGGGUUUAAUACCACCAAGGGCGCACUCGUUAGGUCCAUGUUGUUCCCGAAACCGAUUGGAUUCAAGUUUUACCGUGAUUCGAUUCGCUUCAUUGGUGUUCUGGCUUGUAUCGCCACUCUUGGCUUUUGUGUCAGCGCUGUGCAAUUUGUCCGACUUGGAAUUAAAUGGCCAGUUAUCUUGGUUCGUGCUCUCGACCUGAUAACGAUUGUGGUUCCACCCGCUCUUCCGGCGACCCUCUCGAUUGGGACGAAUUUUGCCAUCGGACGUCUUCGCAAACUUGGAAUCUUUUGCAUAUCGCCUACGCGUGUCAAUAUUGGUGGAAAAGUCAACGUAUGUUGCUUUGACAAAACGGGCACACUCACGGAGGAUGGAUUGGACAUCCUUGGCGUGCGCUCCCUCGACCGCAACGUACACCGUUUUGGUGAGCUCAUCGACAACGUUCACGAUCUACCUUCCAUCCACGACCGCACGAGCUUCCUCCACGCACUUGCGACAUGCCAUUCUUUGAAGAUGGUAGAUGGAAACAUUAUUGGCGAUCCACUGGACGUCAAGAUGUUCGAGUUCACCAAGUGGACUCUUGAGGAGGGACUGGUCGCAGGAACUGGCAUUAUCAAAGGAAGAAGUGGCAGCGAACGGCCAGCUGCGCUUGUACAGACCGUUGUGCGACCGCCUGGGAGUGCUCAGUUCCGCUUGGAAGAUGCUCUUAAGACGGGGGCGAAGCAUGCUCAUUUCCUUGAACUCGGUGUGAUCCGCACCUUCGAGUUCGUCUCAAGUCUGCGGCGGAUGAGUGUUGUGGUCAAGCGGCUCAGGAGUACUAGUAUGGAGAUUUACGUUAAAGGGGCUCCAGAGGUCAUGGUGGAUAUUUGCGAGAAGGAUUCUUUUCCACAGGAUUAUGACGACCUGCUCUCAUACUAUACAAGGCGUGGGUACCGUGUUAUUGCGAUGGCGGGCAAAAGUAUCGAAGGUUUAUCAUGGCUCAAGGCUCAAAAGAUGAAGCGGGAGCAAGCGGAGUCAAAUCUUCGUUUCCUCGGACUAAUUAUCUUUGAGAAUAAGUUGAAGCCGGGGACGACUUCUGCUAUCCAGACACUCCGGGCAGCUCAUCUGGCAUGUCGGAUGAUUACCGGAGACAACCCGUUGACUGCUGUUAGCGUCGCACGAGAGUGCAGUUUGGUAAGCCAAGCUGCACAUGUCUUCGCUCCUGCAUUCAUCCACGGAAAUGCUACUACGCCCAUGUCGAAACUGGAGUGGUCCUGCAUGGAUGACCUCUCUUGGAAACUGGACGACUACAGCCUCAAACCAUUACCUCCACCUCCACACCUUACUGUAGCAGAACAUGAGGUUGAGUACCAGGAUUGUGCGUUGGUUGUGACAGGUGACGUAUUCAGAUGGAUGGUCAAUCAUGGUCCUCUUGAGACUGUGCAGCGGAUGCUUGUCAAGACCCAGAUCUUUGCUCGAAUGUCGCCCGAUGAGAAAAAUGAGGUUGUCGAAAGGCUGCAGACCCUGGGUUACACCGUGCUGAUGUGUGGAGACGGCGCGAAUGAUUGUGCAGCACUCAAGGCCGCAGACGUUGGUAUUUCGUUGUCCGAGGCGGAGGCGUCUGUUGCGGCCCCCUUCACCAGCAGGACGCCCGAUAUCAGUUGUGUCAUCGAGGUCAUCAAAGAGGGAAGGGCUGCGUUGGUCACCAGCUUUUCGUGUUUCAAAUACAUGGCGCUGUACUCGAUGAUCCAGUUCACGACGGUCACUCUGCUGUAUUCUUUCGCGUCGUCCUUAGGAGAUUUCCAGUUCCUGUAUAUCGACCUGUUUAUUAUCAUUCCGAUUGCCGUUUCAAUGGGAAGGACUCUCCCGUAUCCGCGGAUAUAUCCCAAGCGUCCCACAGCUAGCCUGGUAUCAAAGAAGGUCCUAGCCAGUCUGUUUGGACAGAUAAUAAUCACAAGCAGUGUUCAAUCAUGGACGUUCUUCUGGGUCAGGCGACAGGAUUGGUACCUUCCACCUGAUGCAGACCCUUAUGGCCAUGGCGCCCAUCUCAAAGCCACCAACUUUGAGAACUCGACACUCUUUUUAGUAUCUUGUUUCCAGUAUAUUCUUGUCGCAGCCGUGUUCAGCAUUGGUCCUCCUUACCGCAAGUCAAUGUGGACAAACGGGUGGUUGAUGGCAUCAGUCACUGGUUUGACGCUCCUGAAUUUGCUGGUGCUGUUACAGCCUCCGAAGCCCAUUAGGCUGAUCCUCGAGCUGAUGCCACUCCCGUUCGCUGGCAGAGCCUGGCUGGCGGUAUUUGCGCUCGCCAAUGUGCUUGUUUCACUUGCUUUCGAGCAAUGGGCCACCCAAUUCAUCUCACAGGUGAUUGGCGUUUUGAUGAACCUGGACUUGGAGAAGAGAAGAUACCGCGAGGGGAAGGCGUACAAGGCUGUGGAAGGUGGAAUGCAACGCUGAUUAGUAUAGACGGCUGGGAGACAUAUAUAUUAUGAUGCUAGCCUAUGCUGUUGUCAAUGAAACGGGCACUGCAACUUA